GGUGCCCCAUCAUUAUCAAAGAGAGUCUGUUUGAUUGUGGCUGUCUUCUUCCAGCUGUAAGUGAAAUACUAAAGUAACUUUCAUCAGACAAUGAUGACAAAAUCGUUUACAUGUAGUAAUAAUUUGAUUUAGCACCCUUCUUCUUAUAAGCACCCCUCUGGAAUAAGUGCCCCCCUCCCCCCUGUUUCAUGUCAGAAACUUAGACAGGUGAUGAUGUUUUGCUGAAACUUCACUUGUAAUUUCAUGCUUGCACAACUGAUAAUUAUUAUUACAUGUAUUGUUAUUAUUUUUAAGCUUGUCAUUAUUUUUAUACUGGCCUUUGUCAAGCAAAGGGUCAAAUCUGGACUUCAAAACUGCAAUGGAUAUCCUGGUUUGCUGAUGUGAGUACAGAAUUGAUUAAUAAAGCAAAAAGGUCAAGGCUUAUAUUGAAGGUCAACACCAAAUAGUCUGAUCAUUGUGUACUUUUAAGUAGUUGUACCUAGGUCUAAGUGACACCUAGUUACUUGUAAUACUAGGCAAGGGGAUGUGCUGCUGAUUUGGGUGGCAUUUUCAUGAUUUACUUAGCUAUAAUGGGGUUACAUUUUCAGUAGAGUUACUAGAGUGGGGACUAACACAUUUUCAUUAUUUGGAAAAUUUUCAUACAUCAAAAUAAGGAUUUACAAACAGGAAGAUUCAAACUAGAUUGAUAUGUAUCAGAAUAUUAAUGCACUGAAGAUGAAAAGUAAAGUGUUCUAAAUUCGCAUAAACAAAUAUGUCGCUUCAUUUUAGGAUCAUGACCUACUUAAAAGACUUUGUAGUAUAGCUAGAUAGAUGCAUCUAUAAACAGAAAUUGACUAAGUUGGGAUCACAAGUAUUACAUUUCUGGUAAAGUGACUCACUUAGCAGAUGGGGUGUACAGUUGGCCACAGAAUAGACUAUAAUAGGGCAGGUAUUCCAAGAGGCCAGCAGCACAUGGGUAGAUGGGAUCACAAAAGUAACACUUUCCACUUCAUUGACCAAAAAACUCCCCUACCCCUAAUCUACUAGGAAAUUGUGCCAUUUCAGUCAGAAUAUAAACACAGUGCAAUAAUAUGAGGCAUUCCCUUAUUGAAUGGGUCUAAUGGGAGUGUAUUUUUAAGUGAGCUUUUUGGCUGCCUAUGUUUUACCAAUGUUUGUGUGGUUUCCUUUCAGACCAUUUGAUUUUUUAAGUGGUUUUGGCAACAGAUUCACCAUGGCUGUUAUGUUUGGAGCCACUUCCAGCGCAUGCCUGAAUAUGUUUUUACAACCAAAAAAUGGAAUUUCUCAGAUGCCUGACCCAGCUGGAUGGGUGCAGGGUAAGUGGUCAUACCAUAGCAACCUAAUUUUGAAUAAAUUGAGUGUUUGUUUGUUUUGUUUUGUUUUGUUUUUUCUCUCACUGUUAAAAUCAUUUUAAAGAGUAUAGUAGCUAUAGGUUAACUCAGUUUCCAUGGGUCAGUAUUAUUUUAUGAACAAAUUUUAAUAUAGUUAUUAAAUGGAAUUUAACAUACAGUUUAAAUGACUAAGAGCAAAUACAUGCAUGGUCAGUAGCGUUUUCAGACAUUUGGUUUAUGUCUUAGCCAGCUGUUAGCAUCCGUGCAGUAUUUGUUGCAUUCUGCAUAGUUUGCAUUAGCACUGCUGUGGAUGUUAGGGCCCUGGGGCUGUCCUCAUCCAGCAGUAUACCUUAUCAGUGUAUGUGUUGGUUUACCGUGUGCCCGUGUUGUGUUUGCUGUUCUGUAGUGUGGGAUUCUUGUCCUUGAGGAUAGCAGUUCUCGGUGUUUCCUCCCCUCAACCCCAACUGCAGGGUUUGUUUUGCAGGGUCUAUUUCAGCAAGCUGCCACUUUAGCGUUGGGUAGGCCAGUUGGGUGUUCUAGCACCUUGGGGUGUGACUGUAGUUGCACUCCUGGGCCCCUUGGGCACCCAGCCUCCAUUUGUGAUGUGGGUGUGAACUUGAUAUUAAGUUAUUUAUUUGGAAUAUUUAGACAGGCUGGCUCAGUUUGGCUUUUAAAAGCAGGUGUAAAUGUGGGCCCUAUAAAUGAUAAGAAGGCCACACUGGGGGCAACAUUUGUUACUCUUUGUUGAAGUCUGUGAGUUGUUUUACUCUUUAACUCUCAAGAUCUGAUUAUUAAUUAAUUCUCCCCUCUAGCUGCUGCACAAUUGCAUAUUCAUCAGUUAUGAGAACUUUUCUGGUGGAUUAAGAAAACACCUUCUACCUGAGAAGGUUUGGGUAUUCUCAUCACCCGUUUGCUGGAUAAUGUAAGGAUAUUAUAGGGAGAAGUUACCUGUUAAUCAUUUCUGGGAGUUAGGGGGUUAAUGUCCCCUGCUUAUAACCAGUACAGAGAAGAUGUAGGAGAGUAUGGGGCCUAUGGUUUAUCAUCCUUAGCUGAGAAGACUAGAACAUAUAACCAUUUGCAGAUGUUGUAUCAAAGGCAGCAUGUUCUUGUCAGUUAUUUUAAGACCUGAGUGUUGUUGUGGUCUGGGGCUUGAACCCUCAGCUACCAACAUAGCCAUAACACCUUCGCAAUGUAAAAAGAAAUCACAAGGACUCAUCCAAACCAGUCGCUAGAUACUUUAAUCUGCACAAUCAUUCUUGGCAGCAUAUGGCACUUUGUGGCCUUUCCCUACAUCUAGGCAGUUUAGAGGGCUGCAUAACUCCAGAACAAAAAUUAUCUUUCAAAUAGGCACUCUUAAGCCAGAUGGUAUCAACGAAUGCCUUUCAUUCAGCUAAUAUAUUCUUGUUUUCCUGUCACCACAUUCCCACCAAUAACAUAGCUCCAUUUUCUGCAUAUAAAUACACACACAACCCACAAUUUCUCCAAUUGCUCCGAGGAAGGGCUAUUGCGCUCAAAAUGUCAGCUUUUAAACCCUUUACUCUGGCCAAUUUACAUUAUCAGCUUAGUCAAUAAUACUUAAUUACCCUGUUAUACUCUCCCACUGAUGCAACACCACAGUUUCUUUAGAAAUUUACCCCCUUUACCUGCACAGCAGUCCAGCACUCAACACGAGCAAGCAGAAAAAAAAUUCCUCUGUUUUAAUUAGUUUUUCAGAUUAUUGUCACUGUUCUUGUAUACGGGAUCCUGUUCUACCCAUUUUUUGCUGUCUUACAACUGACAACAGACUGGCUGGGUCCUUGCUGGGUUUUCUUUAUGUUACAAUCAGGUGAGCUAGCUAUUACUUUGUUUAUGAAUACCAAUUUGAUCAGACUGUGAGUUUGUUUUUGAACUAGCAAAUACAGUACCAAUGGAAAUUUAUAGUUAAGAGUCUAGAGAAUAUGGAUAUUGAUGUUAACCCUUUAACUCCCAUGAGUGACUAAGAGAGAAUUCCUCGUAAUAGUGUAGUCUGAUCGUCCGGGUGAGUGUAGUCCUGAGGAAGACUGAUGUCGGUGACUGACGUUUCGACAACCUGAGCAGAAGUCAUCUUUAGAGCCAAGGAAUAGUUGUUGUCAGUCGAAUGUUCCUAGUCCGGUUUGUGUAAACUGAUCGGUCGGUUUUGCCGCGAUGUUAUUGGCUGUAAGACUCAAGUGGCGUAGGUCGGUCGUGAUUGGUCAGUCUCGACCGUUAGUAAAGUUCGGUUCGUUUGUAAUGUUAAUGUCAUGGAUGAGUCGUUUGUAUGGUGCCGGUAGUGGUUGACACCUGUUGAGGGGAGUCUAUUCCAAGUUAGUAAACCAGAUUUCCAGAGUCAGGCGUUGAAAGUAGUUGGUGCUGUAGGUUAGGCAUUGCGCAGAGUCCCAGUCAAUAGUGUGGUUCGGGAGUCGGUGAUGUUCAGCAACGUGAAAUUUUCCAUUCUUACAAGAAAUUUUGAAAGUUUUUCACAUUUUUUAGCUUUCUUGAUCAAUUAUCUUGUAUAAAGAGCUGAAAAAUGUAGGUUUAUUUGGUCAAGUGACCGCCUAGAGCAAGAAUUGCGUGACAGGUGUAGUUGAGAGAAACUUGUCACAGUCGCAGAUUUUAAAAGGCAUCCAAGACAAAAAUACGGUAGUGCCCAAAGUUUUUUGAUGAUUUUCAGAGAUAAAAUUAUGGAUUAUGAAGGGGUAUCAAGAUUAGUGUUGUAACUUUCUGGCAAGGGGAGAUAUUUGACCUCAAAGUUGUCAAAUAUUUGGAUGAAUCGAAAAGUCUAAAACCACAGUCUUUUAUUUGCCUCUGUUGAUUGACAAGCCGUCUAUCAAACUGACUGAUAAUUGCGGCGGAAAUUAACUAAGGAUGUAAAAGUAUGUGUGCAAACUAUACCAUCGCAGUGAGAGCUUCAUACAUUUUACCUAUUUUGAAGCGAUUUCCUCGAUGAAAACUAAGAAAAACCGUGGGGGUGGUCUAUCUCCCCCAGGAAAAAUCCAAAACAGAAACCAGUUCGUCUUUUUGAGUUUUGGGGUAGACCCUUUAAACUGGCAAAGUUUCAUUGAAAUCGGUGAGAUGGCAUGUAGCACGACUGCCUGGUGCUCUCGUGGACACGCUUUUAAAGGGAUUGAACAAAACGGAUCCAAAUGUGAAUAUUUAUCUAACUGUUCCCUCAGGCUUUAGGCGGGCGCUUGACUGUUUGUUUUUCCCUCGGUGUUUUUAUAAUCCCCUAAUUCUUAAACGACUGUGAAUAUAUGAAAGUCAUAUACACCCCUUAACUCUUCUUCUCUUUUUGGAAAACAAGGAAGACUAACUUCUAUGUAGUUAUUAAGUCAUCAAAAAAAAAGAAAAAGAAAAGAAAUCAGCGGAGUACACCAAUGCAUGUGUGAAGUAAAACGAGUGACUCAGGCAUCGCACCGCUCGGAAUGAUCCUAAAUGAUUGAGCCAUUUUUUUCGCGCUGUUUGUUCUCUUUACGUGGCCCCACGUAAGAGUAAGUUCGCCCUCAGAGUAAAUUAGCGCAAAAAGGAUUCAUCUGAUCUCAGGCAACUUGCUGAUUAAGCACCGCUAUUUAUAACCCCCUACCGCCGCAGUUUGCACUCGAAAAAAAAACAACAACAAACUUAAAAAGGGCUGCCUUCUCGCAGGUCCUAACCGCUUGUUCGACAUGAAUCUAUUUCGAUAAUUCUGAUAAAGUUUUUACCAACGGGAGUUUGUGAGUCUGUUGUAAACCGAGUUAGGCACAUCUACAUAAUCGACUCCUUAUUUCACUUGUUGAAAUUCCUCUUCAAUGAUUGACUCUCCGUUGUAGUGAUACUUGAAAACAAGGCCCAUGGAAAUAUUCCGCAUUUCUAUCGCUAAGCUUUUUUCCUAUAAAUUGUCUACUCUGAGUAAUUGUUCCUUAAUCGCUGUUGAAUGAAGUUUGCGCAAGAGGUUAUAAUCUAUUGGUUUAUGCCAUUUCCGGCUAACAUAGCCCUUAUUAUAUUGAAUUCCUAAUCAUUCAAUGUAUUUCCAUUCAAAAACGGUGAUCCUUAUCUUAGGGAUGCGGAAGGAGAAUAUUAUAUUAAAGUUCGGGUAUAACGCGCGACGUAAUUGCGAAAAAAAAAUAAAAACGGGCAGACGUAACUGCUUCAAAAAAGAUCCAAUCAUAAGGGUUUUUUUCUGUUGUUUUAAAAUUAGUUGUUUAUUUAUUCAAACAUUUACGUAUUCAUCUAUUUAUUCAUUGAGCAACAACUUUGAAUGUCCGCUUUAGCUGCUACUACUAUUAGUAUUAUUUAUUACGGUACAAUUUAACCGACUGAAAGAACAAUAUUAAACAACUUGUAAUAUUCUUAUCGAGGAGCGACUCUUAAAGGAAGUACAGUAUUUAUCCUAAAUAAACUUAUUUAAGCCCAUUAAAAACCAUAUCUUAGCUCAACCCACUGACAAAAUCUCACAGUUGUCUCCAAAGUUCCUCGAAAUUAUAUCAACAAUCUUCACAGUAGUUCUCUCUGUAGUCUUAUUUGAAGGGCAGUCAUCAACUGACUGAGCCAUAAAAAAUUUUAAUUUUUAGAUUGGUUUAUUUCGAUGAGUUUUGCCUACAAAUAUACGAUCGUUCAGAAAAUAAACUUAUAACUUACAAUCACGAAGAAGACUGGUGACAUUUACAACUGCAUGAGUGCUUAAACAAUAAUAAACAGAAUGACCUUUACCGGCAGAUCGUAACUCAGACCGAUCACAACCGACUAAUAGCUGUUAACUAAGUGAUUGUACUAAGUAAUUGACUAUUAUUUCCAGUUUGCUGGAUCCAGUUACCUAAGUUGUGCGAUAUUUCGAUUCAAAUUCAGCACAAGACUGCAAUUCAACUGUCCAUACAAUGUCUAUCUCACUUGGUUUGACCUGUGAGCUCUUCCUUAUGGAGGUGUCCUUUAUCGAAGAUAGAAAAACGAUGUUCAUCUUUCUUUUGAAUCGUUCUUUGAUCUGCAGAUAGAUGAGCGACAUGAAAUAUGGUUCUUAGUACUCAGGUAUUUAUUGAAACACUACAACUUGAUGAUAUGCAGUUAGUGUAUAAACAGUUUUCUUUUCUUACCUGAGUGUUUCGCAUGGAGUGUAGAGCGAAAAUCAGGAAACCCUACAGAAUAAACAUUCCUUUUUACAAUAUUUAAAUAAACUAGGCAAAUAUAUUUUAAUAUUUACAUAUGUAUGAAGAGAAAUUUGAGAAGAAAAGAAAAUUGCGUGACCCAUAAAUGAGGAAGAAAUCUGUUUUCUCUGACAUAUUUAACAGCUUUUUGUUUUCAUAACUCCAAUAAAUAUCAUGUAACAAUUGUAAUGUUGUAUCGCCUGGUUAAAAAGUUUAAUCGAGAUUGAAUGAUUUUUGAGAGAAGCCAUUCAACACUCACCUGAGUAGAGUUGAGUAUGGUGAAGAUGUAGGCGAAAGCUUUAUGCACUGGCGAAAGGAGACCAAAUAGCCACGUGACACCCAGUAGGGGAAUUAUCACUAAGCAUGCUUUGAUGCCAAGUCUAGGAGUUAAAAACAACCAAAAAAACACCAUUCUUUUUUUUUUCUUUUGACAAAAAAUUGUAAUUGUUAGAGAUCGGAAUGCCUUCCUGAUUAAGGAAUGAGGAGGUUAGGCGAAUAUCGCCUCACAGGAGCACAUGACAAUCUUUUCCACUAUUUAGUUUUAGUUUUAUGAUGUAAAUCUUACCGUAUUUGCUGAAAAUGGUUGUCUUCUGCUAUUGGCUGCACCAAAUUGGUGAUCUCUUUUAUAACGCGUACGAGUAUCAAGAUGUUGAGCUGAAGAAUACAAUAGAAAUAAAUUGAUUAUUUAGAAAUAGUUGUCAAAAAGCCAAGGCAGGAGAGGAUCCUUGCCAAAGACGUCAUUUGUUUGGUAAGGAGAGUGGAAUGAAGAGUCAUUUACAGGGAAAAGAACUCUCAGCUAGGGUACCUAGAUUAUGAGCUUGGAUGCUCUGACAAUGAGCUAAAGAAAUCGCGAACAAAAGUGUCUAAACUAAAUGAACUAUGCAAAGUGAAGCCUCAUGUUAAAUUAGAUAAAUUCAAUAUCUUCUACUCUUCCUGCUCGUUUUAUCUUUUUCAAUGUUUUUAUCAUUAUUAAUUUUUUCAAAUGAGUAACUUUAGCGCGAAAAACUCAUCUUGGUAUAUCAAUGCGAAACAGUGUUAGAAAAAUUAACAUGGAGGGUGGAGAAGCUAUUUUUUUUUUACACUAUGUAGUAAAAGUUGGAGAAUAUUUGAAGCUAUAAUCUGGUGUUAGAUCAAGGCAACAACUUCUACCUGAUAAGUUUAAAUAUUCUCAUCAGCUGUUUGCUGUUUAAUGUAAGGAUAUCACAAGGAGAGGUUUUAUGUUGAUCACUUCUGGGAGUUAAAGGUUUAAUCCGCUUUUUUAAAGAGCUGAGAAAAAAAGUCUUUUGGCAGAAAUUAGUCCAGGUAUACCAAUCACAAUCACCAACACGAAUCAUUAACUCACAACUUCAAUGAAAGCCACAAAGGCGGCGAACAUCCAGGUCAGGUUGUUAGUCGAGGAAAGCCAGCAACUAAACUCGAAGAAGUGAAAGACAAGAAAGAAAGCCAAAUUUUCAGCGAAUGAAAUGAUACCGAUUUCAAACUAUACACAAAAAGACAAAAGAAAGAAUGCAAUAAAAUGAAACAAAAGAAGAAGAGAAUUAAGAAACCGUUGAAUUUCCUCACUAUUUAUCACUCGUAUAGCUUUGUAACCCUUCUUUUCCAGCAGCGAUGCCAAGUGA